CGGAGCACUACGCCUCUGUCUGUCAUCGUAUCGCGAGACAAGCAGACAACAGCACGGAGCGUGUGCGCUUCUCCUAAUCCGCCUGUUCAAAUCGGUCGGUACAUCUACGCCGGGCACAUCCUACACUUCCUUCAUACACAGCUACCCUACUCCCGGUGGGUUUCUUGGGGAGGGUUACCGCGGGCCUGCGGUAUUCGGGAGUGUGUUGUGUAAGCUGCAAGAAAUCGAUUGUUUCUUUCCCGCAGUGGCAGUUUCGGUGGUCUGGUGGAAAGAGAAAGUUCAAACGCUUUUUCGAAUCGUAACGGGCCAACAGCAAAAAGGGUCUUGCAAGAUCUCGAAAUACUUAAGCGAAACAGUUGCCAAACAGUGAAGUGUAUUACAUCCCGCGAGUGUGUAGUGCUCGUGUAUCUCUGUGUGUUUGUGUAUCGAUACGUGUGUGUGUGUGUGUGCAAGCUCGUAUGUAGAGUUUGUCUAGUGGGGCCAGAAAAAAAAAAGAAACGGUGUAAGCGCUGUGAUUAAUUGGGCAACAUGACGGUGGGCAUUACCAGCACGCUACAGUUCAUCGCCGGCAAUUCGGCCCAGUACAUGAAACCCGGCCCGAAUGGUCAAUCACAGCAAGCGGCGGCGGCGGCUGCGGCCGCUGCAGCCAGCUCCACCGUCCCGGACACGAACAACAACGAGAUGGAGGACGAUCGUACCGUAAGCGACAAGGAUAUCGACAGCUAUCUCAAGCACUACAACCGUUGGCAGCAGUCGGCCUGGGGCCGCACGCUCUCCGACCUGGUGAAGCGGUACCUCGGCUACGAGUUCGAAGACGAAGUCAAGUGGAACAAUGUGUUCAUGAUCGGGAUCUUUCACGUGAUUGCGGUGUGGUCCUUUCUGCACUACGUCUGGCAGGCCACACCGAUCACCUAUCUCUGGGGUUUCUUCGUCGGCGGCUGUGCCGGGUUCGGGGUGACGGGCGGCGUACACCGCCUCUGGUGCCACCGGUCGUACAAGGCGAAGCUGCCGCUGCGCAUCAUCCUGAUGUGCUGCUACUCGAUUGCCGGCCAGAACACGAUCUACGACUGGGUGCGGGACCAUCGCAUCCACCACAAGUACUCGGAAACGAACGGUGAUCCACACAACGCGAACCGGGGCUUCCUGUACGCGCACGUCGGCUGGCUGAUGCUGCGCAAGCAUCCGGAGUGCAUCAAGAAGGGCCGGCUGAUCGAUAUGUCCGACAUCGUGAGCGAUCCGGUCGUGCAGUUCCACCACAAAAACUUUGUGCUGAUGAAGCUGCUGUUCUGCUUUAUCCUGCCGACGUUCAUACCGUGGUACUUCUUCGGCGAAACGUUCCUGAUGUCCUUCUUCAGCCAGUGUUUCGUGCGGUACGUGCUCAGUCUGAACUUUACCUGGCUGGUCAAUAGCGCCGCCCACCUGUACGGUAACCAUCCUUACGAUAAGCGCAUCAAUCCGGCGGAAAACCGUGCCGUUUCCGUGGUGGCUAUGGGCGAAGGAUGGCACAACUACCAUCACGUGUUCCCGUGGGACUACAAGGCAGCCGAGCUGGGCAACUACUCGGUCAACGUGACCACGUUCUGGCUGGACGUGUUCGCCAAGAUUGGCUGGGCGUACGAUUUGAAGGAACCGUCCAAGGAUCUGGUGCGAAGGACGAUCGAGAAGUACGGCGACGGCACACACAUUACUGCCCGGAUCGGGCACAUGGAGGAAGUUCCAGCACCGGCCGACUCCUAGGGCUGACCAUCCGUGUGCAUCGUUUCGCCAAAGUUCUCUGCCUUUACUCCCUCUCAAACAGAAAGCAAAAGCUGUCAGGUUCUGUUCUGUGUUUUUUUUAAAUACAUUACUUUGUAAUAAACGUCUCCUUCUUUAUAACGAA